AUAAAUGAACCAGAAGAAGGUGAAAGUGCUGCUCAUGGACAUGGUGGUUUCCCAGGAAAGGUAAGAGAGAGAGAGAAACAAAUCGACGGAGACGAAGAAAGCACAAGAAGAAAAUACGGACACACUCUGAUUCACUGAGUUUCAUAGAGAGAAGACAAGGAGACAUGCAGAACUAGUCUGUGACCUUUCUUCAUCUUAGUUUCAUCUAAUUCUCAAAAAGGUCUUCUUCAUUAUUCUUGUGUGAAUUGCUUGAUUGACGUUAGGCAUCAGAUGAGUAAGAAAGGUUCCACUUUGCCAUACCUGAACACUAGCAUCUCAUGGGGUGGUAUGAUUUCAACUGAACCCCUAAGCCUGAAGGUGGUUGAUGCAAGGCCUGAACAUAUGCAUGCCACAAAGCAAAUCAGUUUCCAGGACCAGGAUUCACCUUCAACUCAGUCCACUUGUCAGUCUUACACUGAAGUUGCUAGUAGUGGAGAUGAUAAAUCUUGCAGACAAAUCUCCUUUUCAACCAAAUCAGGAUCUGAAGAAACUCAGCGGAAGGUAUCUGCGACUCAUACUAAAUCAUGCGCAAUGACAUCAUUCCCGAACAUGCACUUUGCUCCUCCGCAGAUGGUGCAGACUAAUUUCUCAUUUCACUAUGCUGAUCCACAUUAUGGCGGUUUGUUAGCUACACCUUAUCUUCCACAUGCACCGACAUGCAAUCCCCAAAUGGUGGGUAUGGUUCCUGGUAGAGUUGCACUACCAGUGGAGAUCACUGAAGCUGAGCCAGUCUUUGUCAAUGCGAAGCAAUACCAUGCAAUCAUGAGGAGGAGGCAGCAACGUGCCAAGCUUGAGGCUCAGAACAAACUAAUCAAAGCAAGAAAGCCGUAUCUUCAUGAAUCACGACAUGUCCAUGCUCUUAAAAGGCCCAGAGGAUCCGGUGGAAGAUUCCUCAACACCAAAAAACUUCUUCAAGAAUCCGAGCAGGCUGCUGCCAAAGAACAAGAACAUGACAAGUCGGUCCAACAGGCAAACUUGUCUAGAUUCAAAGCUCAUGUGCUGCAGCACAACAAAGACCGUGGCGGAUCAACCACUUCUGGCUCUGACGUUACAUGUGUUUCCGACGGUGCUGAUAUCUUCGGACACACUGAAUUCCUGUUUUCAGGUUUCCCAAUCCCAACACAGACUAACCGAGCUAUACUUGUUCAUGGUCAGUCCAAUGACAUGCAUGGAGGUGGGGACUUGCACCAUUUCUCUGUCCAUAUCUGAGACAUUGGAUCUUUUGGUGUUGUUUCAAUGUUUCCCACCUAAAGGGGAAGUCAUCCUUGGCUACUACUACUAGUUCUCUUGCUUGUUGUUACACUUUUUUAUGUUUCAAUUUCACUUUAUGUAUGUGUUAAAAUAUCACAACAAGAACAAGAACUACCAAAAUCUUCGGUUUGAAAACACUUUUAAUCUUCUCUUACUAUCUCUUGUGUAAACUAGUGCUUUGAUUCUGUAUGAACAUGAUAAAUAAAUAAAACAGAUUCUGCA